AACUACUGUGCAACCUUAACUUCAUCAAACUUUUUACAGUUAACGUCGUUGAGACCUCCGCCCAACUCACUCCUUCGAUGCACUCGAGGAAUCCAACCACCCGCAUUCCCUCUUAAGCAUAUCGCCCUUGUUUCCAGAAUCCGACCUCAAAUUCUUGUCUUUGAUACUCUGCAUUUUUUUUUUCCGUAUCACGAAAAUGUCUCGCCUGCUGCAGACCACCUUCAUCCCCACCGCACCCGCCUCCCUGCGCCGCCCCUCCGGCGUCUCUCCUGUAACCCGUACCCGUAUCCGCGUGGUCGAAGCGAAGAUCCGGGAGAUAUUCAUGCCGGCGCUCAGCUCCACCAUGACUGAAGGCAAGAUAGUGAGCUGGAUCAAAUCAGAAGGCGAGAAGCUCUCCAAGGGGGAGUCGGUCGUCGUCGUCGAGUCCGAUAAAGCGGAUAUGGACGUCGAGUGUUUCUACGACGGAUAUCUCGCUUCAAUUAUAGUGCCCGAAGGUAACUCUGCUCCGGUAGGUUCUCCGAUCGCUCUAUUGGCCGAAUCCGAAGACGAAAUUGCAAUUGCCCAAUCUCAAACCCCUUCUCCUACCGCGGCCGUUGACGGAGACAACAAUGCCACACCCGGCCCGGCAAUAAAAGAAGUCCCUGCUUCAAAUUCUGCUCCUUUCUCUGCUCCAGCCUCUAAUGCGUCCGGCCCGACCCGAUCAGGAGGUUUUUCUGAUGCUCCGGCGACACUGGGGUCCGCCGUGCACCCAGCGUCGGACGGAGGGAAGAGGGUGGUCGCGUCUCCUUACGCAAAGAAGCUGGCGAAGGAGCUUGGAGUUGACCUGAGGGGUGUUUCUGGUAGUGGCCCUAGUGGAAGGAUUGUUGCGAAGGAUGUUGAGGCAAUUGCUGCCUCUGCCGCCAUCGGUGGAGGAGGUAGCGGUGGUGCGGCUGCCGAGAAACAGAGCAGGCCAGAAGUGGAGUUAGGGAAGACAGUUCCAUUCACCACAAUGCAGAAUGCAGUGAGUAGGAAUAUGGUGGAGAGUUUGAGUGUGCCCACUUUUAGAGUUGGCUACACCAUUACUACAGAUGCACUUGAUGCUCUUUAUAAGAAGAUCAAGUCAAAGGGAGUAACAAUGACUGCAUUAUUAGCAAAAGCAACAGCACUUGCUUUGGUUCAACACCCCGUUGUGAAUGCAAGUUGUAGAGACGGGAAAAGCUUUACAUACAACAGUAGCAUUAAUAUUGCAGUUGCAGUGGCUAUUGAUGGUGGAUUAAUUACUCCUGUGCUUCAGGAUGCUGACAAGGUUGACAUAUAUUCGUUGUCAAGAAAGUGGAAGGAGCUAGUUGAUAAAGCCCGGACAAAGCAGCUUCAGCCUCAUGAAUAUACCACAGGCACAUUUACACUAUCAAAUCUUGGGAUGUUUGGAACAGAUCACUUUGACGCCAUCUUACCACCUGGAACUGGUGCAAUUAUGGGUGUAGGAGCUUCUAUACCAACUGUCGUUGCCACUAAGGAUGGCCGGAUUGGUAAAAAGAACCAAAUGCAGGUAAAUGUUACUGCUGACCACCGAAUAAUAUAUGGUUCUGAUCUGGCUUCUUUCUUGCAAACCUUUGCGAAGAUAAUUGAGGACCCUAAAGAUCUCACUUUCUAGUUCUGCCUCAUUGAGUACUUGAGGGCAUUAAUGUAAUUUCAAUAUAGACUAUAGAUUAGUUUAAUCAUUUCUCUAUAUAUCUCAUUGAGCCAAUUCUUUUCAACAUAAUCCAUAACGACGACGAUCAUCUGAUCUUUUGCUCAUCUGCUCAACUGUACAAGUUUACCAUGUCUCUGAGGGAUUGAAAUCAAGUGGAAUUUUUGCGUAUGUGUAUUUAUAUAGUAUGUGACCAUCAGACCAUGUGCUAGGUCUCUGGCAUAAUGGUAAAUGGUUCAUUACAAAAGGCUGUGUUGGUUAUGGCAUUUAACUUUAAAAGUUAAAAAGUGCAUUUGAGACCAUAUGAGU